AUGGGUGUAUUUCCUCGAUUUGGUGGCUGGAUCAAUCAGAACACUCAUCAACAGCCUCUUAAGGGUGAUGACUCCAAGAAAUCUGAGAAUGUUAAAUCUAAGUCAGCGUCGGAGAAAAAUACUAACGAGGAGAAAGAUGAGAUGAAGGAACAAUUAAAACUUUGGAGAGUUGCAAAUAAGAAGAAACAAUGGAAUGAUCCCCCUGCUAAGGUGACAACAGAAAUGGGUAUUUGCCAUAUGCACAUGAAAUUUACGUUAGGACUACCUCCUAAAGCAGCUUACGACGUUUUAACUAAUCCAGACAACCAAGCAUACUCCAGAAUCGUCAAUGAGCGUGAACUUCUGGAUAACAAAUCAAGAAAAGUUGUGACGUUUGAUGGAACGAGGCAAGUUGUGGAAUCGGAGAAAGAAGUGGCCUGGAACUUCCUUUCUUGGUCUCGACCUAUCCCGAUAAGUCUAUAUUUCCAAGAAGACACGGAAAAUCUUUCUGUAGUGUAUAUGAAAAAUAAAAUGAAGUUCAUGAAAGUGUUCGACGGUGCCUAUAAAGUGGAACCAAUAUACGUAGAUUCAGAACGUUUGUGCAAGCGCAGGUUGCCGAAAAGUCGAGAAGAAUACAAGAAAUGUAGCGGUGGACAAGGAAGGAUUGCAUCGAAAGUGACAAUGGACCAAUUCUUUCAGCCAUCUUCUCUUUUUAAUCUGCCACCGCUUUCUUGGUACGUUCGUAAUUUCACCAUCAAAUUCACCAAGGACCUCCUCGAAGAUCUUCAAGAUCGUAGUGCCAUUAUUAGAGGCUAUACCAAGAGAUCUGGGGAUAUUAAAACUAAGUCAGUGUCAAAGAUAGAUACUAAUGAGAAGAGAAAUGAGACGCAAGAACAACUAAAACUUUGGAGAGAUGCAGAGAAGAAGAAGAAAUGGGAUGAUGCCCCUGCUAAGGUGGAAACAGUAGAUGGUAUUUGCUUUAUGGACAUGGAAUUUACAUUAGGAUUGCCUCCUCAAGCAGCCUACGACGUUUUAGCUAAUCCAGACAACAAACCAUUCUCUAGAGUCAUUAACGGCCGUGAACUUCUGCAUAACAAAUCAAGAAAAGUUGUGACGGAUGAUGGAAAGAAUUAUAUUGUAGAGAAGGAGAAAGAUGUGGCUUGGAACUUCCUUUUCUUUUCUGUAGCUAUACCAAUAACUCUAGUUUACGCUGAAAAGCGAAAAGAUCUUUCUGUAGUAUUUAUGAAAAACAAAGUGGUGUUCAUGAAAGUGUUCGAAGGUAGCUGGAAUGUGGAGCCGAUAUUUGUAGACUCGGAACGCUUGUGCAAGCAAAAGUUGCCUAAGACUCGAGAAGAUUAUAGACAAUGUAGCGGUGGACAAGGGAAGGUUGCGUCGAAAGUGAUAAUGGACCUGGCGUAUCAGCCGUCUUUUCCUUUCAAUCUGCCACCGCUUUCUUGGUACAUCCGUGGAAUCGUUAUGAAGACCACCAAGAAUCUGAUACAAGAUCUUCAAGCUGUGGGUGCCGAGAUCCGAGGUGUUUGA